GGGGGGGGGGGGACGAGGGGGAGCCACACGGGCAUCAUGAGGAGAGCUAAAGUUAAUGAACAGGAGAAGAGAGAUGGUUAAGCUUUCAGCCCACGCAUCUACAGAGCAGCUCCUCACCGAGACUUCCUAUCAGACUGGCUGUAGCUGAGGUGAAGGUGCAGCUGUAGCCAGAGGAGCUGAAUUCCUACAAGGCUCCGGAGAUGCCGCCCCCCAAGGGGCUGCUGCUCUGUCUCGGCAUUCUGUUGGUGACUGUUGGAGGGGUCAUGGUCAUGGUACUGGGAAUGCCCAAUCAGUCUUCCCCAAUGGUUAUAAUCGGUGUGUUCCUGGGUCUUAUGGGCAUAGCCCUGCUGGUCAUUGGACUCUGCAUGGCCAUGAAGAAUCUCCAGGUGGCAGUGCCCGGACACUUCCUGCUGCACCCCCGCACAGGCACACGCUUCAGCCCUCAGCAGGCCCUGGCCAUACAAAGGAGGUUGGACCGAAUUCGUCGGGAGAUGUCAGCUGACUCUGUCAGCCAGACACCGGAGCCUGAACCCUCCCUCCCAUCCACUCCACCCCCCUGGACUAUGGAGCCGCCUCCAUCCUAUGACACAGUGAUGAAAAGCCAGGAGCACAGCGAGCAGCUUUAACCUCUGGUGGACAUCUUUACUUUGCGUCGGUGCCUUUUGUCUUCGGUUCCCAGCGAAAACCUUUAGGAACAGUCGGUGCUAUCGGUGAACUCGCUACGACGGGCCUCUUGUGUGCCUUAAGACAGCCACCCUGACCCCAAACACAAGCCAAGGAGCAGGAAGAGGCUGCAGCUGGUUAAAGACUUACAGACUGAGCCCCAGCGUGGCCUCGAUGCCUGCUACAUGUGUGUUGUGACUCAUUUUGAAAGGAAUUGAAAUGAUCACUGCAACGGCUUCACUCUCUGCACUAAAGGCCUUCCC